CUGGAUAAAACACUGUUCCCAUCACGGUCCUGCUGUCUGACCGUCUCCGGUCCGGAGGAAGGUCCUGGGGUGGAACACACUGUAUCUAAAAGAGCAGCUUUUAUAAACAGCACUACACCAACACAAAUCGACUGUCCACCCUGACACAUCUCCUGUAAUAUAGCUAUAUUUAUCUUUUGUUUUGUCGACGCAGCUUUGCUCAAAACAGAGUUAUUGAGAAAUAUCCGAGUUUCCAACAGAAUUGAGACGACCACUCUGGUGUUCUGCUUUUCAGUAAAUGUCCUGGUUCUGCUUUUUACUUUUUGAACCACAAAAAAAAAACAAAAACAUUUACACAGGUCCUUCCAGAGUUAGUCUGAAGGUGAGGAACACACACACACUCUCUCACACACACUCUACAGGACAGAAUUAGUUGGUGUUCGUUACAGAUAAAAAUACGAGACGUGUGUACAGUAUUGAGCAAUAUUUAUUUAUUCCUUUUAGAUUUAGAUCGAACGCUCAGCUAGUCUUUUAUCUAUAUGAAUACUAAUUAAGGAAUAAGCCGGAAUGAAAUUGUGUUAUUGUUCUUUAACAGCAGGGUCUAGAGUGUGUUAUUCCUCUUGUACCACAGCGACGAUUAUAACGUUUCAUGUAUUAAUGAAAGACACGGCGCACAUUUUAACGGUGUAUAGACGGAUUAAAUGUCGCGGAACGUCCGAGAUACGAGUUAGUUCGUGUUAUCACUUACGCUACAGCCAAAGAUAAUGAGACCAAAAAAAAAAAAAAAAAAAACCACACACUGUUGUGACUGCGCAUGAAUGCUAAAUAAAUGUCUCCUAAUAAAUAAACAUCGCCACAUCCAUGCCUGAUGAUAUUUUUCUUUGUUAAACAAUGAAGGUAGGUUUUUGUUUGUUUUCGUUAUAUGAGGUAAGGUACUUAUGUCAGUGCUUUUAAAAAAAAAAAAAAAAUCAAUAAACAAUUGUAGUAUUUAUUUAAGGUAAGAUAAGAUAAACGUCAUUUCACGAUGAGAUAAGCUUUAUUUAUUCAGCAGCGUGUCAGUAGGAAGCUAAAUACAGGAAAUUGAAUAUAAAUAAAUAUAAAGUGACGGUCGUGUGGUCUGUUAGUGUGAUAAGUAUACUGAUAUGAUGUAACUGUGGAACACGGAGGAAAAGUAGCAGCGUGGUUGGUUUUGAGGGGAAAAUGGAAGUGAUGAUCAUUUCAAAAGAGUCAAAGUCCAGUGGGGAUUGUAUUUUAAUUGUUUUUUUGUUGUUGUUGUUUUGUUUUUUAGCGUGACCGGCUAUGAAGCUCUUGGGUUUUUUUUACACUUAAAAUCAUCCGUUUUCUUUUUUCAUUUGUUAAAUCAAUUAUUUUGUUUGUUGUUGAGUUUGUUGUUGAAACCAUUAUGAAGUAAACAUUAGUCAGCUGGAUUAUUCAUCAGCGCUGGAGUAAGAUCCAGUCUUGGCAGCGAGGGUCAACACUGAAAAGCCGAAAGGAAAUGAAGUUUGUCUUGUGUAAAUGGAGAAGUGUGUGAGAUAGAGAGAGAGGGAGGGAGAGAGGGGGAGAGGUACAGGGGGUUGUGAUGUUGCUAGUUUGUGACUUGGGGUUUUGUGUGUCAUAAAAGUAAAGACACUGGCUCACAGGACUUGAUUCAGUGAGUCAUUCUGAUGAAUCAGUUGUUGAUCUGACUCCCAGGAUCAUUACUUGAGGAACCGUGUGUGUGUAAGAGGGAGAGAGUAAGUAAGUGAGAAAGAGGUGUGAAGGGUUGAAGGUUUGCUACUUUGUGACUUGGUGAAUCACAGGACUUGAUUCAGUGAGUCAUUGUGAUGAAUUGUUUGUUGAUUUGGCUCCAAGAAUCCCAGGGUAAUUACUUGAACUUUUUUUUGUGUGUGUGUGUGUGUGUGUGUGUGUGUGUGUGUGUGUGUGUGUGUGUGUGUGAAUGAGAGAGAGGUGUGAAGGGUUGUAGGUUUCUACUUUGUGACUUGAAUCACAGUACUUGAUUCAAUGGGCUAUUCCAAUGAAUCAGUUAUUGAUCUGGCUGUAAGAGUCCCAGUGUCAUUACGUGUGUGUGUGUGUGUGUGUGUGUGAGAGAGAGAUUGAGAGAGAGAUGUGAAGCGUUGUAGGUUUUCUACUUUGUGACUUGGUGAAUCACAUAGCUUGAUUCAGUGAGUCAUUCUGAUGAAUCGUUUGUUGAUUUGGCUCCAAGACUCCCAGGGUCAUUACUUGAGAAACUUUGUGUGUGUGUGGUGUUUGCGUGUCUGUGUGUGUGUGGGACGAGCUGAGCACAGCCUUAGCCGCGUGUGAUUGGCUGAGAGCGGUCACAUGGGCGGGACUCCUGCUUGCUGUGCAGUCUUUCCUCCUGUGGGCGUUUCACAUGGAAUAACUGCACAGCUGCAGAAGGAAGAGUCGCCGGGAGAGCCCGAAAUGGAUAUGGCUAACCUCUUUAAGCACUUCUUCCGGAUCGGGAAGGUGAAACGGAAAACGGGAAUGAGGGAUACGGCAUCAAACGCGGAGGCGGACUUUUACCCGGACAACGGGGAGCGGCUGUACGACCUGAACCUGCCGGCGCUGGUGAAGUUUAACUACACUGCCGAGCGGGAGGACGAGCUGUCUCUGGUCAAGGGCACCAGGGUCAUCGUCAUGGAAAAGUGCAGUGAUGGCUGGUGGAGAGGCAGCUACAGCGGGCGCUCUGGCUGGUUCCCCUCCAACUACGUGACUGAAGACGCGGAUGGCUCGGCCAGCAACGAUAUGAUGGGCUUGUCGGAGAAGCUGGCCGCCGUGGUGCACAGCGCAAACGGCAAUCGGGUGCUCCAUACGGUUCAGGCUCUGUAUCCGUUCAGCUCGGCCAACGACGAGGAGCUGAACUUUGAGAAAGGGGAGAUGAUGGACGUCCUGGAGAAGCCGGAAAACGACCCAGAGUGGUGGAAGUGCCGCAAAGCUGAUGGGCAGGUCGGGCUCGUGCCCAAGAACUACGUCACCAUACUGCAAGAGUCGCAGAAUUCGGGGAGCAUGGCCGGACCCCCUACGCCCGACUUUGACUACAUCGAGCCUUCUGGAAGUGGGCGCUUCGCGGGUAAGGAGUGGUACUAUGGCAAAGUGACCCGGCACCAGGCAGAGAUGGCGCUCAACCAGAGGGGCACAGAGGGAGACUUCCUCAUCAGAGACAGCGAGUCCUCGCCCAACGAUUUCUCCAUAUCACUGAAGGCCCAGACCAAAAACAAGCAUUUCAAAGUGCAGUUGAAGGACAACCUGUAUUGCAUCGGACAGCGCAAGUUCGGCUCCAUGGAGGAGCUGGUGGAACACUACAAAAAGGCGCCGAUCUUCACCAGCGAGCAGGGUGACAAACUGUACCUGAUCAAGGCCCUGGCUGCCUCCUGAUCCAGAACGUGACCCGCAUUGGAAAUCUAGAACCACGUGGCAGGACUGAGAGACUCGAGAGGAAAAUGGAGCAUUCCAACUGUGGAGAGGAAGGGUUAAAGGGGGUGGGGGAGCGACGGACGGUUUUGGACUCCCGUGUUUAUGCUCAGAGACAGCUUCACGGUUGGACGUGUAUCAAAAUACAGUUGUUUAGGGCCUAGGUGAUGUAUUUUGCUGUUAACAUGUAUUAGAAUUACAACUUAGGUUUUCUCUUCUUAAUAUAUAUCUUUUUUUUUUGUUUGUUUGUUUGUUUGUUUUUUUUUGGACUGCUUCUUUCAGUAAUCGUGUCGUCGGGUCACUACUCAUCACCCGUUCGUCGAAUUACGGAAAACCCGAUAAACCGUGCUGCACGUUUCCAUGAUUUUCUACGUUUUUUCCGAAUCGCUCAAAUAACGCAACAUAGCGAGCUGAUUUAACAUGCGAUAUUUAUAGGGAUCCAACCUUUCUGCAGAAUAAAAGUGGGCGGCCAGAGCGUAUCGAGGUUUUAGCAACGUUUUUUUUUUUUUCUUUCUAUCUCUCUUUCUCGAAAUCCAGCUCAGUGUUUACAAAGAAUAUCAGAAGAACGCGGGCGCUUGCAGCUUAACAGGAUGUAGGGUUCUUCCUGUCCUCGUGGGGACAGGAAACUGUUCUAUAUUUAAAAGGUCCAUCCCUUUUUGAGUGACGGACGUUUCCCGAGCAUGCUAGAGUCGUGCGCUGGGAUGCAGGUGACCUGAACCGGACUCCUGACCUUGAUUCCGUAUGCGGAUUGGACUGUCUGCGAUCUUUUAAAAAAAAAUUUUUUUUUUAAGUUUGGUGCAACUUUUUUUUCGUGGCUGUACGUUUGUCUUGCUGGCUGUCGACGUGGAAAGCGUCUGAUUGGCAGAUACCAUCGUACGGUUUGUACUUAAGUUUUCCGAAAUACUUCCGCAAUCAUCAUUCGCCAUCCUUUUAGUGCAUUUUAUUUUUUUUUUAUAGAAGAAUUCAGUGUCGUAUCUCGAGCGGCGACGUUCUUGCUCGGACGUACGGCGGUUUCCUGGCGUUCCGAUCUCACCGUGUUUUCCGAGCGCUAUCCGAUGAUGAUCGCAUCGUUAAUGCGAGGUGUUGGACAGGGCCAAAUCUUCACUCGCGGGAGUUUCAGGAUUCAUCUUGCGGUCAUAAACGAGGC